AUGAAAGAAGUCGCGAGCGGGGAGAUGUGGUUGGGCAAACGCGAUCCUCGAAUCCCUCCAGCAGAAUGGGACAGGCGGAGGAGGGAGUUGCAGCAUCUGCACGACCCGCUAGAAGUUGCAGCGUUCGUAAAGCAGGAGUUGGCCAAGGGCAAGACGAAGGAGAUGAUGCAGCUGGUUCGCAUGGCUAGUCACUCGAUGCAAGUCAUCGUCAGCUGGAACCACAUCAUCGACCACCUCAUGAAAACGAGCGUUUCGGAAGCUAUGAAGGUGUACAACGACAUGAAGAAACGCGCACAAUUUCCAGACUCGUAUACCUACACCAUCGUCCUUCGAGGCUUGUCGAACAAUGCACACCAGUCGGGCGUUGCAAGCAAAGCCAUCGCCGUUUACCAUUCCAUGUCUGCGCCGAACUCCAGGGUCCAGCCAUCCAUCAUACAUACGAACGCCGUCCUCAACGUCUGUGCGCGAGCACUCGAUAUGGAUGCUCUUUGGGGUUUUGCCGCGAAGAUCCCAGAAAGCGGGCCAGGCGCCGCUGAUGCAAGGACUUUCACCAUCAUACUGAAUGCAAUACGACAGAGCUUGCUGGUAGAUGCGCCGCUCGGGGAAGGCGAAAACGAACUUGCUCACAGACGAGAACGAGGGGUGGUAGAAGGCAGGCGGAUGUGGGAAGAUGUUGUUGGCAAGUGGAAAAAUGCAGAUCUAGUCAUUGAGGAAGACCUAGUAUGCGCGAUGGGAAGGUUACUUCUCGUUGGAAGCAGGCCACGCGAUUGGGACGACGUGCUUUCACUUGUCGAUCAGACUAUGGACAUACCGCGGCUUGUGCCCCGGUUGGGGUCUAUAGCACGAGAGGCCCUACCACGGAUACGGGCGCCCAAUACACCGCAAGAAUACAAGUUUGACGACGAACACCUAAGUCCGGACGGUGCUCCUAGGCGUGGAGUUGAGUUCCUUGCGCUCACCGAAGGCGAGGAUGGUAAAAGGUCAAGGUCACUUACGUACGCAACUCCGUCGAACGACACUUUGUCAAUGGUCCUUGAAGCGUGCCAAAAGAUAGUAGCUCCGAAAGCUGCCGACGAAUACUGGGACGUGCUGACGGAUCCUGGUACUUAUGCUAUCGUGCCUGACAACAAUAAUCUGCAUCAACGCCUACGCCUUCUGCGUACAAAUCGCGCAUCAAGCACAGUAGUGCGAAUGCUGCACGAUGAUUAUUUUGCCAAGCUGUUGGUGUUUAAACCAGGGACGUUCAGGAUAGCGAUGAGCACAUGUGUGCGCGACAAGAACAACCAUAACUCGCUCAAGAAUGCGAGCCAGAUCCUCCAACUCAUGAUGCAAACUCUGCCGGAUGCGGAUGCAAAGACAAGCUUCAAAUACGCCGAGCUUGCCGUUACCUUCCCUCUUGCCAAGGGUGAGGACCUCGUGGAAGCGCUGACAUAUCUCCAGCCCGUUGUCAAGAGCCUCAGAAUCCAGCUCAGUGUAGGCACAGAGAAAACGUACGGUGGGCGAAGUGUCGCAGGCACCAGAGCGUUGAGUGCAGAGGCGAGGGAGGACACUAUUGCAGCUCUUCGCAAGAUCUACGCCGUCUUCGACAGGCUUCUCCUUUCCAACUUGAUACCGGAAGAACAGAAAGCCUCGUUCAAGGCUGAGAGGGCGAGGAUGUCAGCCUUGCUCCAGAGACUCAUCUUCAGAGCGUCUACGAAAAGUGGAACUAAACAGAAUGGUGAUCCCCAAGGUGACCGUGAGGAUACAAAGGAAGAGGGCAAUGUUGGGACUGAAAAGAGAAGAGACAAACCAAGUUCGUCGAGGCCCAGUGUCAGAUGGCGAGCGAGCAGAGCAGCGCCUUUAGAGGAGAGGAAGCAAUGGGCGUCUACCUCUACGGAGGCACAUACACCGUUGGAGUGGAUGACUCGCGAUCCGCACUCUGCGUAG